AUGGUUGUCAUGGCACCCAUGAAGUCCUUAGUGGACCUGACAUUGAUAUUGAAGCUCUCCAGAACCAUUGUUCUGGGUGUACCCAACGCCAAAUCUGAAACCACCUCCAUCAAUUCGGACAGGAAGACUGUUGGGGAGUGGGGUCCAUUUGAAAAGGAAGAAAGAUUCCCACCGUCAAGACCAUUCAUGGUUUCCCUCUUCAAAGGAGACCGUUUAUUUUGUGGAGGAACUUUGAUCAAAAGGGACUGGGUGUUAACAGCAGCCCACUGUUUUCCGAAUGAACAUACGCAUGUUAUUGUUGGAGCUUAUUCACUAACUAAAAAAGAGGAAGGAAAACAUAAGGCAAACAUUACUAAAACAUUUUCUUACCCAGGCUUUAAUCCAAAGACAUUCGAAAAUGACAUUAUGCUUUUGAAGCUUCACACAAAGAAAAAUGUUGAUCACACUACUGUUCCACUUCCCGAAACAACCGAUGACAUCAAGGCAGGAACUCAGUGUCUAAUAGCUGGAUGGGGAACUAUUAGUCAGAGAAAGGGGUUUGAUCAACUGCGUGAAGCUAAUGUCACUGUCAUUGAGAGAGAUUUGUGCGCUGACAAGAAACACUACAAUUCUCAGCCUCCUUUGAAAAUGAGUAUGGUAUGUGCAGGUGACAAGAAAACCAGGAAGGAUAUAUGUUGGGGUGACUCUGGUGGUCCUUUGAUAUGUGAUGGGGAACAAAGAGGCAUCAUCGCCUUUGUUAAAAACUGUGGUGAUCCCAGAUACCCUGGUGUUUAUAUUCGACUCACAAAGGACUAUCUCUCCUGGAUAAAGACAAUCACAAAGAAUGAGGGAAGAGAAAUAGAAUUCAGGCUGAAAACAAGAGUUUUUCUUGGUGCUCAUUCAUGGAUUAAAAAAGAAAGAAAGCAACAGCGCUUUAAAAUUGUUCAAGUACUUUCUCACCCAGACUAUGAUAAAGUCACAAGCAAAAAUGACAUAAUGCUUUUAAAGCUUCAGGGAAGUGCAAAGAUUGGCCGAUAUGUCAACACCCUUGAGCUUUCCAGCACUACCUCUUCCAAAGAUGUCAAGGCAGGAACACAGUGUCUAGUAGCUGGAUGGGGAGAUACUUACAAUGGACAGGAGAAACCAACUAAGAAACUACAGGAAGUUAAUGUAACCAUCAUUGAAAGACGCAUCUGCAAUGACAAGAAACACUACAAUUCUCGGCCUUAUGUGACAACCGAUAUGGUGUGUGCUGGGGACCUGAAAGGAGGAAAGGAUUCAUGUGGGGGUGAUUCUGGUGGUCCUUUGAUCUGCAAUGGUGAACAAAGAGGUAUUGUCUCCUCUGGUGGACCUUUAUGUGGUGAUCCCCGAUACCCUGGCAUCUAUACUCGUCUCACGAAAGCCUAUCUCACCUGGAUAAAGAGACAUACAGGAGAUGAUACAGAUUGAUUUGUUUGCUCUCUUUCCAGACAUUCCUGCAUGAAGCUCGCAUUUUAUAGCUUGUAAUUAAGGGGACUUCCAGAACAGGCUUUUAUUCUGCAAUCACCCUGUUUCAUUCAUGGAAUUCUAUAAGGAGGGGGCAUGUCCAGACCCUGUCAUCUUCCACUCAUAGCCUCCCAAGUUUCUUCACAGCACCCUCCAUCUUUUUUCCUGUUAGGAGCACUUCAUCUGGAAGCAUCCUUAAUUCAACUCAUGCUCAUCUCAUUCAUCUUUGAAGCUUUAAUACCUCAGACACAAACCGCUUGGAUAGCUGGGGGAUGUCAAGCAGUAUAGAUGCAGCUUAAAUAAAAUAAAUAAAUAAAUAUGUAGCUACUAUAACAGAUUCUGCUUUAUGAAAAAUAGCCCCUUGGUGCACAAAACAUGUUAACCAUUUUCUGUCAGUGCUUUCCUCAACCUUUGUCUCUGUGAUUUAUAUACAGCUCUGA